AUGUUGGGCUUUUCUGACGAAAAUUUAUGGCGUUAUGCCACCCGUGAAGUACUCAAGGAACACUUGGCGCUAUAUUCUACGAGCUUCAGCUCUCCUUCAACAUCUAUAGAUCGUGAGAAUCUGGCCCGAAUGAAAGAAGAUUUAGCGGCUGUGACAAGGUUUGCUGAUACUGCAACGGCCAUAAACUCCGGUAUGGAGCAUCACGAUCCCCCAUUUGCUCCAGUAUCGAAGUAUUUGACCGAUUUGCUUCUUCCACCAAGUGUCACGUUACGUUACAUUGAACUGGUCAACGAAAGGGUCGAUGCCGAACCUGUCGAGAAGGAAAGGGAGGAAGAACUCCGUAAGACUUUGCAUAUUAUUGGCAGUACUGCUGCUUCCAUUGCCCUGGGAGAGACCCUGGCUGAAGGCAAGUUUGCUGCUCUAUCUGGCGUAAUGGCUGAUCAUCUUGAAAGCCUAAUAGAUUGGGCUUUUAAGGCCAACUCACCUAUUGGAAACGAGCAAGUGAAGAUCCAGGCUGUCGGGAGUGAACUUAAACGCAACGCAGUCGGCUGUUCAUACUCCAGCUGGUUAUCCACAUUCCAAGCUGUUCUCAAAUCACACCUUGAUGCUGCUGGCGCCUCCGAGGACAGGCAGCGUGCUCAGAAGAAAUACAUUCUUCAACUUCGUGAGCUCGGAAAUAAUCUCAUGACCAACCUUUCAUAUCCCCAGGCAAUCAAGGUCUACACGACUGCAAUUGACUCAUGUUCAAUUUUCACUGCUAACAACCUAGCCCAGCUCCAUACGAAUCGAGCAAUUGCAUUUAUUGGACUUAACUGUUACCCAGAAGCAAUCCAGGAUCUUAAGUUGGCCAUUCUGAGAGACAGAACAUUCGUGCCUGCUUACGCCCAAUUGGGUUACUGUGAAUUGUAUAUGGGCCGUACUCUUCACGCCUUACGUGGUUACAAAAAUGCUCUUGAUGCAUUGGCUGGAAACAUAGAUCCUCCAUCCACUACGCUCGACUUUCAACAAAAGGAGGAAUACAAGGAUGCCAUGGCCAAGUCUGCUUUCCCUCAAUUUGUACAUAAACUUGUUCAGGCCAUAAUCUUAACCGAGAAGAGAGCUAAGCAGCAAAGAGUGUCUUCAAAUGAUCUCAAGUUUUAUAUGACAGAGAUAAAGAAGACAUUGACUGAAUUGCAACGGGUUGCAGACCCUGAGGAGCAGCACUUGUUCAAUUAUGUUUAUGAUGAGAACUUCGAUCAGGUCAGGUCUACUGCGGUAAGAGCAAAUCAGCAUCGUCCAUCCAUCUUGACCCCCGAAGUCGCUCUGGAUAUAUUGGCAGGCAGUCUGAUGGAAGCUUCGACUGUCGCUAUCCCUCUCACGGGUAUGCCUGGAAUGCCCAAUUUAGCUCAACCUCGUCGUCGUGAAGGAAAUACGAAUGGCGCCAAUCAAAAUGAAACGACGGGUGAUACGACAGCAAAUGAUGAAGGCGAAACAGCCACGAAUGGGGAAACACCACAGACCGAUACUUCAAUCAGGGGCUUGAUGAACCAGUUGGGUGACAUUUUCGGGGACAUGAUGCAAGCACAAACUCUGAACUAUUUCCCUAACGAUGCCCCAAGAAACGGAGAGGGCUCUAAUCCCCCACCGAAUUUCGAAAUCCACGUCGAAACCGUGGGUGGCCCUGUGCCUCAUGGAGGACCAACCACUGAUACCUCCGGACCAACAAACACCACUACAGAGAAUAAUAAUAGGGCUACUGAUGAAGGAACAUCCAGCAACAAUGCCAACGAAAGUGAAACGGCUCCAAAUGGUAGAACAGAGACUACUAAUAACGCAAAUGGUUCAGGAAGAGAGAGCAGUCCAAUGUGGGAUUUGACAGAAUCUCUCAACCACAUGCUCGCUGGUGAUUACCAGCCGGUAUUCAACAACCUUAUGCGCCAUUUCGAACUGAGAGGUGGAAACGGAGCCCAAGGUGAUCAACCAGACGUUGUGAGAGAAAUCGUCCGCCGGGUUCGCGAGACACAGGCCAGCCAGCGCCUGAGUAGUCAGGGUAGCGAAAGCACGCCCAACCGGACCCAAUCUCAGCAAAGCGAACGUGACGACCAAAGCAUGCCUGAUGCUGCUGAUCUUGAUUAG